AUGAAGGCGCCAUCUGCUAUAAGCACCAUCCUCUGCCCUCUGUUUUUCCACAAACUCAAUCAACACCUGCAAAUUCAACCAAUCCUCUUCCCGAUUCUUCUUCUUCUUCUUCUUCUUCCUCGAUCGUUUUCUGAAGAACAAAACACGCCUUGGGCGUUGUCACCAUUAACGACGAGUUCACACGCCGUCCAUCCCGCCAAAAUAUUCAAGGUCUUCGUUCUCGACUUCGACACCCUCAUCCCCGAGUUCCUCCCCUACCUCAUCAAGAAUGUAGAAACCCUCCAAGGCGACGGAGGCCCUGGCUCCAUCAAGCAGAUCAAUUUCACUGAACGGAGCAAAUACAAGUUCGUGAAGAACAGGGUAGACGGGAUUGACGCAGAGAACUUCACGUACAGCUACAGCAUCAUCGGAGGUGACGCCCUGUCGGAGAAACUGGAGUCCAUCUCCUUUGAGAUCAAGUACGAUCCCGCCGGCGACGGCAGCUCCUUCUGCAAGCGAACCGGAACAUUCGUCACCAAAGGGGAGGUGGAGAUCACAGAGGAGAAAGUCAUGGGCGGGAAAGAGCAGCUGAAGGGAAUGUUCAAGGCCGCGGGCGACGCGGCUCCUUCUGCAAGCGAACCGGAACAUUCAUCACCAAAGGGGAGGUGGAGAUCACAGAGGAGAAAGCCAAGGGCGGGAAAGAGCAGCUGCAGGGAAUGGCAAUUAUCGAGAGCUAAAACAGGCACUGCUUCGUAA